AUGCCCUCUUCUUUGAAAUCAAGGAUUCUAUCACCGGAAACAGCCGAGGCGUAUUCAAGACAGAUGAUAUUGAACACUUUUCAACGUAUGGGACUUGAGACUGUCGAAGCUGGUGUGAUGGGGGAGAUUGCACGUUUGGUCGAACGACACAUUCAAAAACUGUACAAAUCCACUUUAUCCUACUCUAAACUCUCAUCCCGUCGACCAAACAUGUAUGACCUACACGCAGCUUGGAGUGACACGUAUCAAAGAGAUUUGAAAGAUGUCCGAAAAUCAGCUAAAAAACGAAGAAGACGUAUCCCAUUAGAACCUCUUCCCAUAGAACCCGAGACGAUGGAACAUGCUCCACAUUACACAUUGAAUGAGGAGGAUGAAGAGGACAGAAGACCGGAUUGGGUCCCUGAGGGUGUACCGGAUUUACCUCCUCGGUAUACUUGGGCACAUAUCCAUGCCGAUUCUUGCACACUCUUCCUCCUUUUUGUCCUUGAGACGUCGGUGAACUGGCUCGUCCUUCUCGUUCUCAGCUUCCGUCUCUGGCUGUCUUUACCUUCCUCACAAUUGCCAUACAAGUAUAAGAGGCAGACCGAAAUCACCGACUCUGAACCUCCUCCAUCUGUCUUACCUCAACCUCAGGUAACCUCCGCCUCGUUGGACUUUGUCAAGCUCAUUUCUGCCGAAAGCGCCGACAUACCUCCCGAGCUGGGUGUGGUGGAUUAUCGUAAAGCACAAAGAGGAAAACGGAAGCAGUGGGGUACGAAAGGUGUAGGAAUAUGA